CAACAACAACUCCGGCACCACGCGAGCUGCGGCCAUCCGCGUUCACCGCCACGGUGAAGAUGGCAGCUGUCGUCCCGUGAUGUCGGAGCGACACUGAAGAAGGGGGGGCCGAGCGUGGGAGCCAUGCACCGGGACAGCCCCCCAGCGCGCUGCAUCAAGCCACCGAGCACCAUGGACAAGUACGAGAAGCUGGCGAAGAUCGGCGAGGGCUCCUACGGGGUCGUGUUCAAGUGCCGCGCGCGCGACACGGGCCACGUCGUCGCCAUCAAGAAGUUCGUCGAGUCCGAGGAGGACCCGCUCAUCAAGAAGAUCGCGCUGCGCGAGAUUCGCAUGCUCAAGCAACUCAAGCAUCCAAACCUGGUGAAUCUCCUUGAGGUCUUCCGCAAGAAGAGAAGGCUCCACCUCGUGUUCGAGUACUGCGACCACACGGUCCUCAACGAGCUGGACAAACACCCCCACGGGGUCCCCGAGCCCCAAGUGAAGAACAUCUUGUUCCAGACUCUGCAGGCGGUCGGCUUCUGUCACCAGCACAACUGCAUCCACCGUGACGUGAAGCCAGAGAACAUCCUGGUGACCAAGCAAGGAAUCAUCAAACUCUGUGACUUUGGCUUUGCCCGCAUGCUAACGGGACCGGGUGACGAGUACACGGACUACGUGGCGACGCGCUGGUACCGUGCCCCCGAGCUGCUGGUGGGCGACACGCAGUACGGACCGGCGGUCGACGUGUGGGCGCUGGGCUGCGUCUUCGCCGAGCUCCUGGCCGGGGAGCCUCUGUGGCCGGGCCGAUCGGACGUCGAUCAGCUGCACCUCAUCCGCACGACGCAGGGAGACCUCAUUCCACGACACCAGCAGAUCUUCAGCUCGAACCAGUUCUUCAGCGGGCUGAGCAUCCCUGAGCCUGAGACACGGGAGCCGCUGGAUUCGCGCUUUCCUUGCGCGUCGCCCGCGGCGCUCUCCUUCAUGCGCGGCUGCCUGGAGAUGGACCCGGCCGACCGUGCGGCCUGCGACGGCCUCCUGGGCCACCCCUACCUGGCGGAGCGGGACGGCGACCGGCGGCGCUCCGAGCGGCACGGCCGCCUGCCGCUGGUCGCGCACGGCGGCAAGAAGACGCACGGCGGCGGCGGGGCCGCGCGUCACAACGGCAACAACGCCGGCGGCAACGGCAACAAGUACGACAACCACCGGCUGCCGGACAUCAACGCGCCGAACGCGGCGCACGCGGCCCACGCGGCGUCCUCGUCACCGCAGCCGCCCGCGCCGCCCACGCCGCCCACUCCGCCGCUCUGCCUCACCCCGUUCAUGCGGGCGCCCAAGUCGUAGAGGAAGUGACCCACCGUCAUCACCACCGUCGCCACCACCGCCACCCACCGUCGCCACCGUCAUCACCACCGCGACCCACCGCCGCCGCCACCGUCACCACCACCGCCGCUGUCACCACCGUCGCCACCACCACCGUCACCACCGUCGCCACCACCACUGUCACCGCCACCACCACCGUCGCCACCACCGCCGUCACCACCACCGUCGCCACCACCGCCGCCACCACCACCACCACCGCCACCCACCACCCACCAGGGCCACCGCUCGUCCCUGGUCCACUGAGGUCUCGCUCGCCCCGUCCGACGGAAUGCCCCCGACUCGACCCGCCGCCUCUACCGAAGAUGAACACCCCCCCUCCCCGCUCGCAACCGCUUGCAACCCCCACCCGCUCGGCUUGCGGGAUCCGAUGAGAAGCGGGCGCAUUGCGGCUGACGCAUGGCGGUUAUCUCCGUGACAACGUCACGAGGCCGCGCUCGCGUCCCGCGUCUUCGGCGUUGGCGUCUCCGCCCUGCUCCGACGAGCGCUUGGACCGCAGCACUCGACUCCUGUUUACAGCCCCCGAGCCAGCGGUGGGAAAUUCCACGUUCUUGUGGCAGGACGAGGCGACCCACGCAAACCGAACCACUGCUGACUUCCCACCACGGUGGAUGCAGGGUCUUUUUUUUUUUUUUUUUUUUUUUUUCUUCUCCCCGCGCAAAAGCACGGUGGCCACGACGCCACCGCGCGACGUCAGCUGCCUGCCGAUGGGCGCGCAAACGGCAACGCCAACGGCGGUGUCCCACGUCCGGCCGCGGAGCCCAGUGUGGGUGCAAUUUGAAGGCGCCUCGUAAAGUCCACGAUUUACACCAUUGCUACCUCAUUUGCCAGUAAAAAACAUUAUUGGUUUUUUACCCUUUUAUCUGACACCUUUGUUGUAAAAAAGGUGUCAGUUUUGUUGCCAGAUAAAAGGGUAAAAACCCAAUUGUCAUAUUUUUUUACUGGCAAAUGAGGUACCAAUGGUGUAUAUGCUUACCCCGAGCUCUCAUACUCUGAUGGUGCAUUGUCUUUGAGUUGUGCGCCUUUUGGCGUCAUCUGGUCCAACCCAUGUGAGACGAGGCUCUAAGGAAAGCUGUCUCGGGUGUGGACCAAUCAACUUCAAGGACAGUGCAUACAUUAUCAGAGUUGUGUUUUUUGUUUGCAUUAUGACUGCAGGUAUUGUGGUCUAUGCAAACAUGACUAAUUGUGGGUAGAUGUUGGUUGGCUGCAUGACAAACCGAACCUGGUGUGGAGCGAGAGGGGCUUGCCCGUACGGCGUUCCCUUGUUAGUCAUGCACUUGGCUGUCCACGAUGUUGGCUCUCUGCGAAUCGUAUCUGGAAAUCUACGCGACGACUGCAUCGAGAGAGAUAAAGUGACGAGAGAUAAAGUGAUGAGAGAUAAAGUGAUGAGAGAUGGAGUGAUGAGAGAUAAAGUGAAGAGAGAUAAAGUGGUGAGAGAUAAAGUGAUGAGAGAUAAAGUGAUGAGAGAUAAAGUGAUGAGAGAUGGAGUGAUGAGAGAUAAAGUGGUGAGAGAUAAAGUGACGAGAGAUAAAGUGAUGAGAGAUGAAGUGAUGAGAGAUAAAGUGACGAGAGAUAAAGUGAUGAGAGAUAAAGUGGUGAGAGAUAAAGUGAUGAGAGAUAACGUGAUGAGAGAUACAGUGAUGAGAGAUAAAGUGAUGAGAGAUGGAGUGAUGAGAGAGAAAGUGAUGAGAGAUGGAGUGAUGAGAGAGAAAGUGAUGAGAGAGAAAGUGAUGAGAGAUGGAGUGAUGAGAGAGAAAGUGAUGAGAGAUGGAGUGAUGAGAGAGAAAGUGAUGAGAGAUAAAGUGAUGGGAGAUAAAGUGAUGAGAGAUAAAGUGACGAGAGAUAAAGUGGUGAGAGAUAAAGUGACGAGAGAUAAAGUGAUGAGAGAUAAAGUGGUGAGAGAUAAAGUGAUGAGAGAUAAAGUGAUGAGAGAUGGCGUGAUAAGAAAGUGAUGGGAGAGAAAGUGAUGAGAAAGCAAGAUGGAGAGAGCUUCUCGAACCUUUGGAAGAAUGUUGAGCACACGUCUGCACGUGCUAUGUCCGUAGGGCCAAUGUCGCUGUCCCGUGAAAUGUUUCCGUUCACGAGCGUAUCCCUCGUGGCGAAUAACGUGGGAGAAUCCUGCCCACUCCCGACAAAGCCCACAACUUGACGGGUGUUGAGCAGAGGUCGCAACCGGGUACCCGAUACCCGUACCCUACCCGAUACCCGGCAACCCGUACCCGGCCGGGUACGGGUACCCGUUUGCGACCCUGGUGCGGCCGGGUACAGGUACGGGUAGGCCGUGAGUCACUGGUGAGUCACCGUUUGUCACUCAUUUCCCAACGUCUUGUCUCUUCUCACAAUUCAAGUUCCUAGAAUCAACCCACCCGCGCCUGCAACAUGGCUUCAUCCCAGAUGUCGCAAUCAGGUACCCGAUACCCGGCCGGGUACGGGUAGCCGUUUGCGACCCUGGUGCGGCCGGGUACGGGUAAGGAAUCAAAACCCGUUUGCGACCUCUGGUAUUGAGUCGUAGGCUCUGUCCACUGCACCGCCUGUGAUUGGAUGGUUUAAAUGAAGUCGCAUACAUUGCUUAUUAUUAUUAUUAUUUAAAUGAAGGUCUCUUGUUUAUGCUGAACUUGUUUCGCUGCGUACGUAGCCAACAGUUCUAAUCGGAUGUGCGGGUAGUGUGUUAGUGUGAAAGGUCUCUAUUUGUAUAAAGUGAUAACAGCUGGACGUGUGUGUGUGUGUGUGAUUGCACUCCACAUUCCUCCCAGCACCAAAAGAGCAAUGGGGGUGGCUCUUUAAGCCAGCGGUGGAAAUUCCACAUUCCCAUGGCGUGCGUCAGCCUCGGUAUCCGUAGAGCGCAAACAGCUGUCGACUUCCGCAGAGCGGUACUCGUUUUAUCGACCCCCAAAGGGGAUGAUUGUCUCAUCUCACCCCCCCCCCCCGACCUCAUCACUCUCACGCAACCACUCAUCCCACCACUCCUCAUUCCACAGACGCUCACCUCAUCAGUCUCGCGCAACCACUCAUCCCACCACUCCUCAUUCCACAAAGACGCUCACCUCAUGACUCUCACGCAACCACUCAUCCCACCACUCCUCCCACAAAGACGCUCACCUCAGUCUCACGCAACCACUCAUCCCACCACUCCUCCCACAAAGACGCUCACCUCAUGACUCUCGCGCAACCACUCAUCCCACCACUCCCACAAAGACGCUCACCUCAUCACUCUCGCGCAACCACUCAUCCCACCACUCCUCAUUCCACAAAGAUGCUCACCUCAUCACACUCACGCAACCACUCAUCCCACCACUCCUCCCACAAAGACGCUCACCUCAUCACUCUCACGCAACCACUCAUCCCACCACUCCUCCCAAAGACGCUCACCUCACUCUCACGCAACCACUCAUCCCACCACUCCUCCCACAAACACGCUCACCUCAUCACUCUCACGCAACCACUCAUCCCACCACUCCUCAUUCCACAAAGACGCUCACCUCAUCAGUCUCACGCAACCACUCAUCCCACCACUCCUCUCACAAAGACGCUCACCUCAUCACUCUCACGCAACCACUCAUCCCACCACUCCUCAUUCCACAAAGACGCUCACCUCAUCAGUCUCACUCAACCACUCAUCCCACCACUCCUCCCACAAAAACGCUCACCUCAUCAGUCUCACGCAACCACUCAUCCCACCACUCCUCCCACAAAGACGCUCACCUCAUCAGUCUCACGCAACCACUCAUCCCACCACU